AUGGGACGCCCACCGCCUGCCGCCGCCGUGUGCGCCUGGAUGUUCCUGCUCCUGCUGCUAGAAGUCUGUGCAAGACACUGGAGGGCAGACGAGAGCAAGGUGCUGGGGGGCCAGGAGUGCAAGUCCAACUCGCAGCCGUGGCAGACGGCCUUGUUCCAGGGGGACCAGCUGCUGUGCGGGGGAGUCCUCAUCGAUGACAACUGGGUUCUCACGGCAGCCCACUGCAAAAAGCCGAGGUACACCGUCCGCUUGGGAGAGCACAGCCUGAAGAAUAAGAGUGGGUCAGGGCAGGAAAGGGCCGUGGCCCAGUCCAUCCCACACCCCUGCUUCAGCGGCGACAGCGAGGACCACAACCACGACCUGAUGCUCCUCCGGCUACGCGACCCAGCCUCCAGAGGGGACUCCGUGAAGCCCAUCAACCUGACAGACCACUGCCCUCGCGUCAACCAGAAGUGCACCAUCUCGGGCUGGGGCACCGUUACCAGCCCCCAAGCGAACUUUCCGGAUGCCCUCAACUGCGCAGACGUCUACAUCGUGCCCCAGAAGCGGUGUGAAGAUGCCUACCCAGGGAAAGUCACCGAGGCAAUGGUCUGUGCAGGUGACAGCAGUGGGGCUGACUCAUGCCAGGGCGAUUCCGGGGGCCCAUUGGUGUGUGAUGGAGUUCUCCAAGGGAUCACAUCCUGGGGAUCGGACCCCUGUGGGCAAUCCAAGAGGCCUGGUGUCUACACCAACCUUUGUCGCUACCUGGACUGGAUCAAGAAGACCAUCCACGGCAAGAGCUCAGCCUAG